GUCGCAGCGCACUGGCACCGCUCUUACUACAAUCGAGAUAGAGUUCAAAAUUAAUUAAAAAAAUAUAUUUGUUGUUGUUUAACCUUAGAUGAACCAGUUACUCUGUAUAUAUGAAAAUUAGUUCUGGCAUCUUACUUCAGUUGGUCGUAGGCCUUUCUAAGGAGGUUUUCAGGCGGACUCACGAUUAAUCUCUGUAAAUGUGAUGGAGCUACGAUAACGAAGUGAUAAAGCAAAAUGUGUAACUCUACUAAUUUGUGAUUUGUAAAUUAGUUAGAGAUAAAAGUGAUUUUACUCGUGGACAAUAAAUAUAUGGUGACAGCUUGCUGGUUGCAAAUAGUUACCUACGAUCCGCUCAGUGACUUUAACUUUAAGUUAGUACCGUGAAGUGAGUGUGUAGUGUAGAACCGAAUUAGUGCGUUAGUGUUGAUUGACUCUACCAAAAUGUCGGGCUUUGUGAAGAUCGCUAUAGAUGAUUACUACUCGGACAGUAACUGGACUGAGAUUAUCAACAAAUAUUGGAUGUUGGCUGAACGAGUCUCAGACCCCCGAGUGCAAGGAUGGUUCCUGUUCGACACGCCGCUGCCCACCCUGGCGAUGGUGGUGGUCUACCUUGCCUUCGUGAUGGUGGCCGGCCCCCUCUACAUGGAGACCAGGAAACCCUUCCAGAUCAAGAACACGUUGGUAGCGUACAACGCCUUCCAAGUGUUGCUCUCGUCUUACAUGUUUUAUGAGCACCUAAUGUCAGGAUGGUGGGGCGACUACAGCAUCUCCUGUCAGCCAGUGGACUACAGUGAAAGUGACCAAGCGCGGCGGAUGCUGCACUUAUGCUGGGUGUACUACUUCUCUAAGCUGUCGGAGUUCGCUGACACCGUGUUCUUCGUCCUCCGCAAGAAGAAGAGCCAGAUCACCUGGCUGCAUCUGUACCACCACUCGCUGACGCCUUUUGAGGCGUGGCUGCUGGUCAAGUUCAUUGCUGGCGGUCACGGAACCUUCUCCAACAUAGUCAACAACCUGGUGCACAUCAUCAUGUACGCCUACUACAUGCUGGCGGCGAUGGGGCCUCAGUACCAGAAGUACCUCUGGUGGAAGAAGCACCUCACCACCCUCCAACUAGUCCAAUUCUUCAUGGUACUCUUCCACUCUAUUAGUGCCCUCGUCUACGACUGUGGAUACCCAAAAUUUAUCGCCUCGGGUCUAAUCCUGCACUCGUCGAUAUUCAUCGUGCUCUUCACCAACUUCUACAUCCAAGCCUACAAAAAAGACCGACAGCAAAAGAAGCCCGUCAACGUUGACAAUAACAACACCAUCCCCAAUGGCCACAGCAAAAUGAACGGUCAUGCAAACGGUGAAGCCAAUGGCCAUAUAAAAGCCAAUCUUUGUGAACAAGAAACAGCUAAAAGCAACGCGAACGGCUUUGCGUUAACAAAUGGAUAUACAAAAGCCAGUGAAACGAACGGCUAUGCCAAUGGCUACACGAACGGAGUUAGCCACACAGUUAAAGAUAAGGUGCAAUAGCAUUAAAUAUAAAUAUAUUAUCCCCAGCCGCUUGAAGAGAGUUGAACUUAAUACAGCUUUAAUUCCAUAAUCGACAAUUUCAGUCAACCUAGAAAAUAAUAAAGAACUAAAUAACGAUCAUUUACAUUCCAAAUACCCAAUGUUCAACUCUUCUCAAGCGCUAUGUACAGUAUACAGUUGUACAGUAUACAGCCAGUAGAUAUAAGCGUCUAUUCCACUACGAGCUAUGUUCAGAUACUUAACCCUAAUGUAAAUAGUCCAGGAAUGUAUUCGGCAUUCGAAUCCCUUUACUCAUCCUACAAAUUUUGUAAUGAACCUACAAGCUGAAGAGGUCAGAAUAUUUUCUUCGCUGGAAAAUUAGAUUUUGGCUUCCACGAUAGGUACACAAUAACUGUUAAACUAUUUUUGAAGUAGUCUAACAGAUUAGGUGAACCUUACUUUAAUAAAACUGAUAAUGUUAGACCUUAGCUUUUCGAAAAUUAUUUGAAAAAUGAUAUACGAAAUUUUAAUUUACGAAUACUGGUACAGACAACAGCAUAUCAAGCGAAACACGGUGGCACCUUAUGCGCUUGUCUUAUAAGAGAUUUUGUAACAAAUAUGAAUAUUUUAAAAGAACUUGAAAAAAUCAAAAUACCUGAGGUGAAAUUUAAAAUUUAGUUUAAGAUGCGAUGCGAUGAUCCUACGCUAGAAAUUUUAAUAACAACGUCAUAGCGAUAUGCUGUCUUCAAUGUAGGAAAAAAGAAGAAUAGGGUCUUAAUUUAGUCUUGUAGGUACAUUUCAUGUAAAUUGUAUUCUUUUUACAUUUUUUUUAGUUCUGAUAUCAGUUAUUAGCCGUUCAAUGACAACUACCUCAUAACCACACCCCUCCUUUAUUUUUAAGUUUGUCUUCUCCGUCCAUCGAGCUUUAUUUAGGUAGGUAAUUGUAAAUACGUAAUGUUUAAAUUAUUUUGUUCUAAUGGGUGACUGAGUGUACUACUUUUCUUGUUGGUUUACAAA